AUGGCGCAUCUAUUAUGGUUAUUAUGUUUUGUAUUGAUUCUCGUAGCGUUUCCUAGUGUAUCGGCAAAUCUUGUCAUAUAUACUGUGACUUUUGUUUCCUGUGUUGAGGGUUCAACUUGUCCUCAGGGAAAUCCAUCCAGUUACAGUGCAACAUUUGCUUUAAACGGUACUCUCAGUCCAAAUAUCACUUUAAAUGUUGGUGAUACGUUACAAUUUAAUUUGGCUACGAGUGUACCUAGUCAUCCACUGACAAUAUGCCAAAAUAGUGUCGUACCCAGUUUCUGCCAAGGAGCCGCUUCUACUAGUUUACUCAACAGUCCAAUUACUAACGCAGGUACUACGACUUCUGUUGUAUUUAGUACCAGUGGUACUUAUUAUUAUGGAUGUAAUAAUCAUCCCGGAAUGGGUGCUAUGAUUAACGUCAUACAAACAGUUACUGCUGCUGCAUCAGCUUCAACAACUGUUGUUACUUCAUCAGCUGCAACAGCUAUUGUUGUUACUUCAUCAGUUUCAACAGCUAAUACAGCUUCAUCAGUUGCAACAGCGAUGGUUACUUCAGCAUCAACAGGUUCCACAUCGUCAUCAACAAAGGGUACUGGUGCUAGACAUCAGUUAUCUGUACUAUUCCUGUUCACAGUUAUCGUCGCUUUAUUUACAUUUAUCUUCACCUAA